AAGACCGAGUGAGAUAGGGACUAGUAUAUAUAGACUGAAAUAUUGGCAAGGAUAUUCAUUUAUUUCCAACAUUAUUAUGAAAAUUUGUAAAGACUUUUAAAUUCCUAAAAAAAUUAAGAUUCUUAAAAAAUGAAAAAUUGUUAAAAAGUCCGAAAUUCUAUAAUAGUUCAAAAUUCUUUAAUAAAAUGAGGUGCCAGAUUGGUAUUUCCAUGCUCAUCGAGGCAGAUUUUUCAACAAUUUUUAAAUUAAUAGCUGAAGCUGCUUGCUGCGGCUCAAGAGGAAUACGACAACACACACAUAUUAUAGAAAUUCUGAAUGAAUAUUGGGUAGGUGAUGAAGAUCAAGAAAAGCAUAAUCAACUCAAAGUAGGCAGCUCAACGUUCACCACUGUGGAUAAACUAUUGGAGUACGUCUGUCGAUAUAUCUCCAAAAACUCAUCAUCUUGGAACGGAAAUUUGGAUUUUGUGGCCUUUUCGAGGAUCAGGGGCCUAUGUAAUAUUUAAUAUAGAUGUCCACCAUGCCGGGAAGAUAGUAGAAGCAAUCAAAUUAAUGACUCUAAUCGCUUCCGUAUUCUUCCAUGAUCCCAGGGAUCAGCGUUUAAAAGUUUUUCAGGCUAAAUAUGUGCACAACAUCUCUGGAUUUAAAUUUUCACCACUACAAAAAUGCUGUUUCACCAGGAUACCCAGCAGACAAUCACGUGGUAUCGCCAGGAUACCAAGGAUACCAAUCAGACAAUGAUUCGGUUUUAGAACGUCAUUAGGGAAAUUAUUUGUAUUGACACCAAGUUUAAUCUCAUUCCUUCGAUCAGACCAUAAUGUGCAUCUAAAAUAACCAGGGCCAGACUGGUCGUUUAGACAUUAAAAGUCAACAUGUUCAGUUAAGAUGACCAGCGCUAGAAUGACCUUAGACGUCUAAACUGAACAUGUUUCCUUUAGGCAACGAGUGCUAAAAAGGUCUUUUCAGAGUCAAAACUAAGCAUGGUUAAUGUAGAUAACUUAAGGAGGUGAUUUUAGAUGUCUAAACUGAUUGUGAUUAUUAGUUUAAACGGACAGUAUCAAAGAGGUCUUUUUUGACAUCUAAACUAAGCAUGGUUAGAUUAGAGGAACAUUUAUUUUUGAGUUGAUCCUUAGUUUUUAUUAUGUGUUGGCGGCAAACAGCAUUACGUUUCUU